GCAAGCUCAGUCCCGGGUUGUAAUGAAACCCUUUCCGCGCAUCUGGUGUACUUCUACAUGAUAGGUAGACGGGUGCAUGGUCCCAUCAUCCAAUUAUAUUUAUUUCCCUUGUCCUGCCAGCCUGCGCAGAUCACGAAGAGUUGCAGGUUCAGAAUAAAAAGGACCCAUCUGCUACCUCUUAAAGAGUCCUCCUCUCAAAGUUGGCGGCUUUAGUAGUCGACCUCUUGAAGCACAAUUUACACGGACGAGAGUUCACCAAGAAAAACGAUGGAUGUGGCUGCAAGUUUCCUCGAGGAGCGGGGACCUGUCCUUGCGUCCGUUGCUGUUAUCGUUACCUCAGUAUUCCUCGCUACGGUGCUCCUUGGAAGUGGUAACAGUGCAUUACCGUUAGUCGGACUAGAGUAUGGAAGUGCAUCAAAGCGAAGACAGGCGUUCGUGACGCGGGGCCGGGAAUUCUACAAAAUGGGAUACGACUUAUUCAAAUCUACUACGGCAUUUAGGGUGACUACUCUCGAUGGUGACCGUAUUGUCCUACCCCGAAGACUUAUGGAGGAAGUGAGGCAUCUGCCGGAUGAUGUUAUAAGCAUGGACAAAGCUUUCGAUGUUACGAACGAACACCACCGACUCGGUAUUGGUAGACCAGAUGUGUCAGCUCUAGUCAUGAAUGUCGUCCGAGGUGACCUUACUCGUAGCCUAGUGCGUAUCAACCCCCGGCUUUCGGCAGAGACGGAACGUACUAUUCGCGAGGAGCUGCCGCCAUGCGAUGACUGGACAUCUGUGUCAGUUUACCAGACAGUUUUGCGCAUGGUUGCUACCAUCUCUGGUGCUCUAUUCAUUGGGCCUGAGCUAUGUCGCUCGGAUGAGUAUUUGCAGGCUAGUAUCGGAUACACGCUGGACUACGUCAACGGCAUCCAGGGGCUCAAGAAGUGGAACCGAUGGUUGCGAUGGAUUGGCCGAUACUUCACGCCUGAGGUUAGCAAGCUGUUUGAAGAUCGCAAGAAGGCGCAUGCCUUCCUACAGCCCGUUCUCGAAAAGCGCCGGGCGGCUAUGAAGGCAGGCGAGGAGGUUUCCGACGAUGCUCUACAGUGGAUGAUGAAGAAGGCCGAUGAGAUGGGUUUUACCGACGAAGUAAUCGCCGAAGCGCAGCUGAACCUAAGCAUGGCCGCUAUUCACACCACUUCCCUCACGGUUACGAUGAUCCUUUACGACCUGGUAGUAAGACCCGAUAUAAUCGAGGAGCUACGAGAGGAGAUCAAGACUGUCCUUGCUCGUCACGACGGUGUCACAACUAGCCACGCCCUUUUCGAGAUGAAGCUGCUUGACAGUGUUAUGAAGGAGUCGCAGCGGAUGAACCCUGCUAACCUGGUCCGAUUUACGCGAUAUGUCCAAAAGCCCGUUACUCUUAGCGAUGGUACUCACCUGCCUGCCGGCUAUUUGAUCGAGGCACCGCACGCGCUGGCUGUGAUGGAUCCCGAGUUAUACCAUAAUCCCGAGGAGUUCGACGCUCAUCGAUUCUUGAACCUACGAAACGGCACGACGGAGGAUACUCUAGGGUACAAGAACAAGGAGCAAUACCAGUUCGUGACGGUGACGAAGGACUUCAUGCAUUUCGGAUACGGCCGUCAUUCGUGCCCCGGCCGUUUCUUCGCUGCCAACGAGAUUAAGCUGAUCCUCGCGCGCAUCCUUCUCGACUACGACCUCAAGAUGCCCGAGGGCCUUACCGAGCGCUAUGCCAACAUCAAUAUGGGCACUGAUUCAUUUCCCGACCCGACGAAGGAGAUACUAUUUAAGAGGGUUAAGACAGCCGCGUAGGGAAAUUGCCAGAAUUCAUUAUCAUGUUUAGCUGCGAUGCCUUGUUAGUUUUUAUGCCCAAAAUAGAUAAUAAUAAGAAAUAGCAACCAAGGUACUUUCAGCUGUCCCGGGUAUCUAAUAUACGACUUACCUGUGUUCGAAA